AUGAAGAAACCAACAACAACAACUUCAACCCCACAAUCAUCGGAAUCGAGCACCAAUGUCAUGAACAGACAACAAGCUUCAUCAACGACACCUCCUCUCGUUCAAGAUCAAGCUAAGCAAUCUCAGACUGAGAGUGGUAAUAAUGAGGAGUUGAGUUCCGAAUUUCUCAAGCAAUACGAUCGUUUGCAACAAGAAGGAAAGGAAAUUAACCCGGAAGAACUUAAAAUUCAAAAUGUGAUGAAGGAAACCUUGUCGAAUCCGAAAACAUUCCAUGCUGCACGUACACAGUUUGCACGAGCCACAGGUAUUGGGUAUUCAUUGCUCGGAGGUGGAGUGGCGUUGGGGCUAUUGAUUGGUUUUCUCUUCAAAAGAUCAAAUCAAAAGCAGCAGUAA